AUGACUUGCGGUAUAGAAAAUAGUUAUAAGAGUGCUGAAAAAAAAAAGAAGUACAGAAGUUUUCGUUUCUUUGAAAGUCGCGAUUAUUCCGAGUUGUGUAUUAUAGUAGGAACAUACUAUUGA